AUGCUAAAGCUUUCGGAAAGAGACAUGCCGGUUAUUCCGGGCACCAAGAUUGAAAAUGGGGAGCUACAAGAGUUGCGGCUCAUGUUGGCUGAUUUGCUAAGAAGAAAAAAUACGCAGUUUCCAGGGUCUCAGCCAGUAUCGUUCGAGAGAAAUCACAUCGAAGUAUUGAAGAAAAGAGAAUACUUUGUGUGUGAGAAGUCCGAUGGUUUACGAUGCCUUUUAUUCUUGAUCAACGAUCCAGUUAAGGGCGAGGGUGUCUUUCUAAUAACGAGAGAAAAUGAGUUCUACUUCAUUCCCAACAUUCACUUCCCAUUGUCGGUGAAUGAGGAAAAUGGAAAAACUUACCACCAUGGUACUCUAUUGGACGGGGAAUUGGUGUUGGAAACAAAAAAUGUGCUGGAACCAUACCUCAGAUAUUGCAUCUUUGAUGCUCUUGUAAUCAAUGAAAAGGACAUAACAAACAGACCUCUACCUAAAAGACUAGGCUACAUCACCGAAAAUGUGAUGAAGCCUUUUGAUAGCUACAAAUCAAAGCAUCCAGAAAUCGUCAACUCGCCUGAUUUUCCGUUCAAAGUUAGUUUCAAAAUGAUGAAACUGUCAUAUAGAGCAAAUGUUGUGCUUUCCAUGCAAGAUCAACUUUUCCAUGAGUCAGAUGGUUUAAUUUUCACAUGCGCCGAAACACCGUAUGUGUUUGGUACGGAUGCCACAUUGCUCAAAUGGAAACCAGCUCAUGAGAACACUAUCGACUUCAAAAUGUACAUGGAGUUCAAGCAAUUCCAAGAUCCCGAUAUGGAUCCACGUGACCCUGAUUCCACAUAUUUAGACUACGACAGCUUACCGGAGCGGAUAAACCUUAACGUUUGGAAAGGGGGCAAAGAGUAUGAGCAGUUUGCUCAAAUGGAUCUUUCUGAAGAAGACUGGGAACAACUCAAAGGCUUGAACGAACCCCUUCAAGGCCGCAUAGUCGAGUGCCGCAAGAAGAUCAGCAACCCACCAUAUUGGGAGAUGCUCCGGUUCCGGAACGACAAGAGCAAUGGCAAUCACAUAAGUGUGGUAGAGAAAAUCCUCCAUAGUAUCGAAGAUGGAGUGACAGAGAAGGAGUUGAUCGACGCAUGCCCUGAAAUCGAGAAAGCAUGGAAGGCCAGAGAAUACGAAAGACACCAAAGGGCGAAAAACACCCACCACGAUACUCAUCUACCGGCGCAGAUGAACACUCAGCCGCGAGUUCCGCCAAGUACUCAACCGCAGAAUAACGUUCACAAAAGACCGCUCUCGUCAGAAAAUACGGAGCAAACAAAAAAGCCUAGAGUAGCCGAGGAGCAAAUGCUCAAGGACAUGAUGCCUGAUUACGAAGAAGAUAGCGAGCUGGACUGA